CCCCAAACAAAAAAGUAGCUCUCGCCGCUCUUCUUGUGCAGCAUCUGUUUUUAUUCUUCCCAUCCUCAUCCCAUCUUUGCUUCUUUUGCAAUUGGUUACUGUGCAUCUCUUGAUCUCUAUUAAGCGAAUACUCUACCAGAUACCCCCCCAUCAUCCUCAAUCAUGGCUGCCCUUAACGUUUUGAUGAUUGGUACCGGCGAGUACACCACUGGCUUUGUCGGAACCGGUGCCUCUGGCUCUGACAAGAAGGUCGGUGUCGUUGGCCUCACUCUCUUCGAUCUCCGCCGCCGCGGCAAGGUUGAGAAGCUCGGCAUGGUUGGCGUCAACGGAACCAAAUUCCCUGCCAUCCGCGAGCACUUGGAUAAGAACAUUACCCAGGUCUACAACGGCCUCGACACAUCUUUCGACUCAUUCCCCGCCAAUGACCAGACGAACCCCGAGGCUUACAAAGCCGCCAUCGACGGCCUCAAGCCCGGCGAUGCCAUUACCAUCUUCACUCCUGAUCCUACUCACUUCCCCAUUGCCCUCUACGCCAUUGAGCGUGGCAUCCACGUUCUAAUCACAAAGCCUGCCGUCAAGCUUCUUGAGCACCACCAGGAGCUCAUUCGCAAGGCUGAGGAGAAGGGCGUCUACGUCUUCAUUGAGCACCACAAGCGAUUCGACCCUGCCUACUCGGACGCUAGAUUCAAGGCCAAGAACCUUGGCGACUUCAACUACUGGUACUCUUACAUGUCCCAGCCCAAGUACCAGCUCGACACCUUCAAGGGCUGGGCUGGCAAGGAAUCCGACAUUUCUUACUACCUCAACAGCCACCACGUCGACAUUUGCGACUCCAUGGUCCAGGACCGCUACCUUCCUGUCAAGGUCUCUGCCUCAUCCUCCAAGGGUGUUGCCGUCGAGCGCGGAUGUUUCGAAGAGACCGAGGAUACCAUUUCCGUCUUGGUAACCUGGGCCAAGAAGGACGACCCCUCCAAGCGCGCCAUUGGUGUCUACACCUCGUCCUGGACUGCUCCUGAGCGUGCCGGUGUCCACACCAACCAGUACUUCCACUACCUUGCUGCCAAUGGUGAGAUCCGCGUUGACCAGGCUCACCGUGGUUACGAUGUUGCCGACGACUCUGCUGGCCAGAUUGCUUGGUUCAACCCUUUCUACAUGCGUUACGCUCCCGACGAGGACGGCAACUUCAACGGCCAGACUGGCUACGGCUACAUCUCUAUUGAGAAGUUUGUCGACGGCUGCCGUGCUGUCAAUGAGGGUCGCAUGAAGCCCCAGGACCUUGAUGCCAAGGGCCUCCCUACCCUUCGCAACACUAUUGCCACCACGGCCAUUCUUGAGGCAGGCCGCCGAAGCAUCGACGAGAGCCGUGAGAUUGGCAUCGUUAUUGAGGAUGGUGUCUGGAAGUUGGUUUAAGAACUUAGAUUUUAUUUGUUUUACGGCCGGCGUCUUGUUAUUUAGUUUAAAAACAUUAAAUUGAAAUAUUACGUUUUUCC